AUGGCACAAGACGCGAAGGGCAAUGUCAAGGCUCCAGAGCUGCUCGACUUGACAAUCGACAACAUCACGCCUAACACGGUGCGCAUCAACUCGCAAAGCUCUGAUGCGCGGCUUACGUACCUCAUGGCGCGUCUGGUGACUCAUCUCCAUGACUUCGCCCGCGAGACUCGCCUGAGCACGGACGAGUGGAUGACGGCUCUCAGUUUCUUGAUUGGGUGCGGCCAAAUCUCUAACGACGAAUUUAUCCUACUCUCGGACGUGCUCGGCCUGUCGCUGCUGGUAGACAGCAUCAACCACCCCAAGCCGCCGCUCGGCACGGAGGGGUCGGUGCUAGGACCGUUUCACACACACGACGCGCCGGUACUGCCCAAUGGCAGCAGCAUGACGGCGGAUCCAUUGGGGGAGCCCAUGCUGGCCGUCUGCACUGUCAAGGACACGGAGGGAAGGCCGGUGGCGGGCGUCAAGGUCGAUAUCUGGGAGACGGACAGCUCGGGCCACUACGACGUGCAGCACGCUGGCCGUAACGAGCCGAGCGAGCGCUGCGUCAUGGUCAGUGACGAACAAGGACGUUUCUGGUUCCAGGGUCUCAAGCCCGUCAGCUACCCCAUUCCGCACGACGGCCCCGUCGGAAAGCUCUUGCAGCUGCUGAGUAGGCAUUGCUGGAGGCCCGCGCAUGUACAUUUCAUGUUUGGCAAGACGGGAUGGGACAAUUUGAUCACGGCUCUAUAUCUCCGGGGCGACCCCUAUGAGACUUCAGAUGCCGUAUUUGGCGUGAAAAAGAGCUUGAUAAUCGAUCUCGAGAAGGUGGACAGCGACACAGCAAAGGAAUAUGGGGUUAAGGAGGACAUCUGGCUUCUCAAGCACGAUUUCGUGUUGACAACUGAGGAGCAGACCGAGAAACUUAGAGACCAGCUUGCUGUUGAGGCCCUGGAGAAACUUGGCCUGAGGAUGAAGUUGGUUGAUCAUUUACCCGUCCCAGACCUAGACUGA